CACACAGCAAAGGAGUCCGUGGCGGACCCGCCCUCAAGCCGCCAGAUCCGCCUGACUGUCAGAUUCGUUUUCGCUGCGCUAACAGGAUCGGCCCCGCCUCCAAGAUCGGCCCCGCCUGCGCUUUUAAUCAGCGGACCCAGAACGAAUCACAUACGGAUCCGCACUUCGGACGCGCCUUCUAUAACGUACGCCGUGUGGGAAUUAGUCGGGAUCUCCUUCUAGUGAAGUUCGGCUGCCAACUUGUUAUUGGAUCUUGGGCUGAGGACUGUUCCACCUGUGUGAAGAUGUUCCAUGUAGUUGAAUUUGUCACCAAUAAAUCCGUAGCAGUCGUGCCCCAAAGCUGGUACGAGGAUGGUUGUGCAUCGUGGCCAACUUAUAACAGUGACGAAAGAAUAAAUAGGGCAGUAAAACAUGGAGAGGAGCCACAGGAAGACUGGCAGACACAUGAUGUCAGAAUCAUCAAAUCAUCUGAUACUUACAUUGAGGCACGUCAAAUCCUGAAGAAGGCUCUGACAUGUAGCACCUCGGACCUCCAAACUGAGGAUGAACAGGAACGGCCUGGGAGAAGGAGAACAACAGCGAAACAUUUCUUUGGUGACACCGAUACAGAGGAGGACUACCGACCCCCAAAGAUUUCCAAAUUCGGGUCAUCUGCUGGGACAAGUCACCAACUCCCUGCAAAUAGUCCAGAGCUCUGUCAAAUGUUUGGCAGAACUGCCCCUCCCCAACCACUACCACCACUACCACCACAAACACUCCUCUCUCAACCUGCACAUUGCAACCAGCAACAACGGGGGCCAGAGGAGCCAAGCCAGGUCUACAGACCUACCUGGAGAGGUGGGAGACAUGGCCCAGAAACCAUUCCCUGCUCUGCUGCUCAGGUCCACAUUUUAAGCCUGCUGGAGCACAUUAAGCAGCAGCAGGACCAGCUGGUGGCCAAGGUCAAUCACCUGAGCAGCAGGGUGCUCAACACCUCAACACCUCAAGAGCCAGAGUGUCCUGAAUGCAUUCAGCUGCCCAUCGAAUCACUGGAAGCGGUGGAUGAGCUUGAAGCAUUCCUGAAAGACGCUGCCAAUGCAGCAGCCAAACAAAGAAUGAUUUCUUCUUUGGCCACGAUUGGUGGCCAAGAUGUGAAGAGAGUGGCGUGGAACAUCCUCUCUCGGAUGUUCACAGAAGAAGUGGCCAAGACCAUAAGCUGGAAGGGAGCAAAUGGCAAGAGGGCAUUCAUUCACAUGUCAUCAAAGACACUAAUGUACCGUGCUGUACGUGCAAAUAGUUUGUGUCGCACAGCCACAGACACAGACAUUCAACGUUAUGCCAUAAGAUGGUUUAACUUGGCUGCAGACCGUGGUGCGGCAAGGAGGCGCCUGACCAGCCGGUCUAACCAGGCUGAGGCAGAUGAUUAGGCUACUUAUGGUCAUGUUUUCUUUUGUUAAAUAAAAUGUUUUAUUUGUUUCAAA